AGAGGUUUGGCUGCCAUCUCUUGUGGGAAGCCUGGCCAUGAAGCUGCUCCUGAUCAUUGCAAUUUUGCUGUUCCAGAAGCCCACAGUAACUGAACAACUUAAGAGAUGCUGGGGUGAAUAUAUACAAGGAUAUUGCAGGAAAAUAUGCAAAACAAGUGAAAUACGUGAAGUACUAUGUGAGAAUGGGAGAUAUUGCUGCCUCAAUAUUGCGGAAUUGGAAGCACGUAAAAAAAUUACAAAACCACCUCGUCCAAAGCCAAGGACAUAUGCAAUGACUUUCCCUCAAGAUUAUCAAUAUAUGUAGAAAAUUAUUCAAGAUCCAAGGCAAACUCUACAUGAACCAAGUACGAUUUUCUGUUCUUCUACUUCUCAACCUAUUCCAAUAAAGUAAGGGGAAGAGGUCCACAUCUUCUUCCUUCUGAUUCCCUAACCCCACAGAAUGACCUUUACAGUAGAUCUUAAUAAAGCUCAUUGCCAGUU